AUGAAGUUUACAUCAAUAAAGCUCAUUACCGUGAAAGGUGUAUGUGAUUACAUCAACAAGAUGAGAGAUUUAGCAGCUCAAUUAAGAACACUUGAGGUUGAAAUGUCUGAAUAUUUCCUGGUGCACUUUACAUUGAACACUCUUCCACCUCAAUUUGGGCCUUUUAAGAUCUCUUAUAACACAUAUAAGGAUAAGUGGUUUAUUGAUGAGCUUUUGACCAUGUGUGAUCAAAAGGAGGCCAGACUCAUACUAGAGAUGGAAGAAAGUGCACUAACGAUUACUCAAGGAAAGAAGACGAUCCAAGCUAAGCAAAAAGGGAAGGCUAAAAUGCAACCCCAAGAUGACAUAAAGAAAGAGUCCAAAUGUUUCUUUUGUAAAAAGAAGGGACACUUAAAGAAGGACUGUAUUAAGUUUAAAAGUUGGCUUGAAAAGAAAAGUAAACCAAUCUCACUUGUUUGCUUUGAGUCUACUAUGGUUGAUUUUAGUUAUAACACGCGGUGGAUUGAUGCUGGUUCUACAAUCCAUAUCUCAAAUUCCUUACAGGGAUUAAGAGACCUAAGGAAACCAAUGGGAUUUGAGCGACACAUCUAUCCAGGAAAUAAGAUGGAGUCACAUGUUGAAGCAAUUGGAACAUGCAAAGUAGUGCUUAGGAGUGGCUUUGUUUUAAUUUUAUAA